GCUUUAUUUAGUGGGAAAAAUACAAAAAUGGAAUUGAUCCGUUUUUAGCUAAUUUAUUCUUGCAUUAAAUAAAAAAGACUAAAAAUCGUAACCUUUAAUUUUAUUUAUGUAUUCUAUAAGCAUUAUCAACGCUAUGGAAGUUUUCUUCAGCAUAAACGAUUUUUUGUUUGAUUAUUAUUUCUUAAUAGGAGGUUUAUUUUUAAGUUAUCUGGUUUACAAAAUAUUCCAUUCCCUUUUCAGCGAUAAUAUUUAUAGUCAAACAAAUUUUACAUCUCGAGGACAUUCAUGGAGGAGUAUUCAAUGUCACAAAGCCAUACCGUACAAUAUUCAUUGUUCAGUGUGUGGUAUACUUAUGUUACCUUUGGUUGGAUUAUUUUGUGAGUGCUGUGCUGCAAGUGCCUGCAAGAGAUGUUGCCGAAUUGUGGAUAAAAAGCUUCGAUGUAAAACCAUUACAUGGCCAAGAGAUAAAAUAUUUCAACAUCAUUGGGUGAAUGUUGGUACAAUAAGAACUGACAGUUCAGAUAAUGAUGAUGGACUAAAAAAAUUCUUCUGUAGCUGGUGUCAAAGAACAAAACUGUGUACAUAUAGUGCCCUUGAACCAGAGGAGUGUAAUUUUCUAAAGUACAGAGAUAUUAUAAUUCCACCAUACUGUACACAAGUAGAAAAAGGUAUUAUUGCCAAAGUCAAACCUUUGGCUGAGGAUAAUUGGAUACCUCUCAUUAUAUUCGCAAAUCCUAAAUCUGGCAGCAAUAGAAGUGAUGAAAUACUUUCCCUUUUUAGAGGACUGCUUAAUCCGCUACAGGUAGUCGAUUUAAGUCGCACUGCGCCUGAGACCGUUGUGCGAUGGCUGCCAUCGCGUUGUCGCGUGCUGGCAGUCGGAGGGGACGGAACUGUCGCGUGGAUUCUCAACUCGUUGCUCUCUGCUACCCAUGUCCGGGCCUCUGUAGCAAUUAUGCCCAUGGGUACCGGCAACGACCUGUCUCGUGUACUCGGAUGGGGUUCCGGAAGUGAUACGCAUUUAGACGCACAUUCCAUUAUCAAUACCAUUAAGCAAGCCGAUGAACAGCUACUUGAUAGGUGGAAGGUGACAAUAGCCCCGAGGCCAGGUCGACUCGGCCGGCCUCGUCCGAAGCGCGUCGUGUACGCGUACAACUAUGUCAGCAUCGGCGUCGACGCACAAGUCGCGCUAGAUUUCCACUAUGCUCGCGCGCAGUUCCUCUACAGAUACGCCAGCAGGACGCUCAAUUUCGUGGCGUACGCGUUUCUAGGCGCGGGUCGUGCGUUGGACGACGGCGGUUGCUGCGGCCUAGAGAAGCGGUUGCGAGUGCGGGUAGAUCACGCGUGCGUGCCUCUAGAUCUACCGCCUCUGCAGGCGCUCGUCGUGCUCAACAUACCUUCAUGGGGCGCGGGCGUCGACUUGUGGAGUAUGGGUGACAAAUAUGAAGUUGAGGAGCAGAGCAUAAGUGAUGAAAAACUUGAGGUAGUUGGCAUUUCUUCAUCAUUCCAUAUAGCGCGACUUCAAUGUGGACUGGCGGAACCGUAUAGAUUUACGCAAGCUUCUCGAGUCAAGAUUGAGUUAGACGGGUCGUCUGCUAUGCAAGUGGAUGGCGAGCCGUGGAUGCAGGGCCCUGCCACCAUACACAUCGAACACGCCGGCCAGUGCUGCAUGCUACGCAGCACUAAUUCGUUAAAUUGAUUUUUCUUAAAAUGAAAAUAAGAAAUAAACAUUAUUUAACUA